AUGUUCAUAUUCCCGCUAUUUGUUUCCGAUGAUCCAGAUGAAGAAACACCGAUACCUUCAUUACCAAAUAUCAAGAGGUUUGGAGUCAACAAGUUGAUACCGUAUGUUGAUACUUUGGUGAAAAAAGGACUUAGAGCAGUGAUUUUGUUUGGUGUGAUUUUAAAAAAAGGGGUCAAAGAUGAUAUAGGUAGUGCCGCUGAUGAUCCAGAAGGUCCAGUGAUAUCAAGUAUUAAAUUGUUGAGAAUAAAUUUUCCCGAUUUGUUCAUAAUGUGUGAUGUUUGUCUCUGCGAAUAUACGGAUCAUGGCCACUGUGGUGUUUUGAACGAAGAUGGCUCUUUGAAAAGAGAAUCAUCCGUACGGAGAAUCGCUGCUGUCGCUGUUAACUAUGCAAAGGCCGGGGCUCACUCAGUUGCGCCUUCAGAUAUGAUGGACGGUAGAAUUAAGGAUAUUAAAUUGGGAUUGAUAGAAGCCGGAUUAGCCCACAGAUGUCUCGUUAUGUCGUAUGCUGCAAAAUUCUCGGGAAAUUUGUAUGGACCGUUUAGAGAUGCCGCCGGUUCGGCACCAAGUCUUGGAGACAGAAAAGCGUACCAGUUGCCACCUGGGGGUGCUGGCUUGGCCAGAAGAGCUUUGUUGAGAGAUAUGCAGGAAGGAGCUGAUGCUAUUAUAGUUAAACCGUCUACAUUCUAUUUGGACAUUGUAAGUGAUGCAAGUAAAUUGUGUCGAAAUUAUCCAGUAUGUGCCUAUCAUGUUAGUGGAGAGUAUGCUAUGUUACAUGCAGCUGCAGAAAAGGGUGUUGUUGACUUGAAAGGCAUUGCGUUUGAGGCACACCAAGGAUUGGUUAGAGCUGGCGCUAGGUUGAUUAUAAGUUAUUUCACCCCUGAAUUUUUGGAGUGGUUGCAAGUGUAA